AUGGCGGAUAAAAUAUAUCAUAAACUGAUUAAUGAUAAUAUAAAAAUGUUAUGCAAUGAUAUACUACACAAUGAAAAGAAGGAUGAGAAUAAAAACGAAUAUUUUAAUAAUGUGAAUAUUAAUUGUUCUUCAAAAUGUGAAGAAUUAUGUAAUAAUAUAAAUGACAGAUUACAAAAAAUAAAAGACAUAGUACAUCUGAGAUCAACAAAAGCAAAUGGUAUUCUUAUUGAAACCUUGAAUUAUAUUAAAGAAUAUAUUAAGGAAAUUGAAAAAUAUAUACAAGUUUUUAAUAAAUUAAUAUACGAAGAAAAUAGGGCUUAUCUCUAUAUGGAAGAAAUUUUUAAUACACUAGAAAAUCAAAAUCAGAAUAUUCAAAAAAUUUAUAAUAUAUGUAGUAAAAAUAUUGUAAUCACAAAAAAUAACAAUGAACUUAUUUUAAAAAAUCCAAAAUCAUGUUCUUCUCUUUCCUAUGGAUUUGUUAAAAAUUUGAUGAAUUCAGGACAAGACAAUAAUAAUAAUAAUGAUAAAGAACAAAUAAUACAGCAAGAUAAAGUAGUAAAUGAAGGAAAAAAUUAUUUGAAUUAA